AUGGAAAGCUUAAGGGAACCCCGAAAGGACGAUUGGGAGAAAGGUAGUGGCGAUACGUUUGACGAGUUUACCUAUAAAGAAGAAGAAUUAGAUGAGAUUGAUGGGUAUUACACCGUGGAGUCUUUAGAUGAUGAACUCGACCUAUACGAUAACCUGUGGAAGGACGAAGUCAGCCCAGCAAUUUAUUUGACAUUAGUUGAGAAAGUACCCGACAUGAAGAAAGAAGAAACUGAACUCACCCUGACAGAAUGGUUGGAAAAAUUUGCUCAAGCUGACAUCUUGAGUAAAGAAGAAAAAGAAAAUGCCCAUGCCUUCUUUAGAGAAGAGAGUUGCCUACUCACGAUAGGCAUUGAUAAAUUAGGGACAACCAGCCUCGUAACCCACCAUGUAGAUACCGGUGAAGCUAGACCCAUCAAACAGUAUUUUUAUAGGAUGUUCCCUGACAAGCAGGAAUUCUUAGAUAAGGAGCUAGAAUCAUUGGAAAGACAGGGAUUAAUUGCAAAUAAUAAUGUAAAAAUAGAUAGUAGCGCACAGAAAUGCAGAGAAUGGCUACUUUCAUCGGCAGAGUGUGAUGCUAAGGAAUGUGAAGGCAAGACAGAAUUAGGUGGAUAUACCGGUUGGAGUAUCAAAAACAUGGGAAUAACUGCUCGUGAUGACAACGAAGGUUGGGAUGACAGUAAAUGGAUUAACGAAGAAACAGAGACGUGGUGGGACUUCAACAAAGAAUUCGAAGUAUAUACAGUAAUACGGGAAGAAAGUGAUGAAAAAGAAGGCAAAAUAAAAUUAGAAGAAGGUGUAGAAUUAAGGCAUAACCUACCAGUACAUGUAGCCUCUCGUAUGGAAAACGGAUGUAGAAUUAAUGACAACUCAAUAAAGUUCCAAAAACUGUCGUUAGGGUAUUGCAUGGCCCUACAGUUCACCCAUCUGACUAGGUCCUAUGGUAAAAUAUACCAUGUGUACUCCCACCCAACUGAAUUCGACUAUUACGCACUAGAAGUGUUGAAUCGAUGCAAGACCAUCCACAUAGCACAACAUUGUGGAUAUCGACUGAUAGCACAUGACCUUCGGAAACUGUCAGUAUUAUGGGAUUGGAUCGUUAGCGGGGCACGACAAGAAUUGGCUUGA